UUGUACGACUUAACAAACUAUUUAGGGGACACCGUUCCGUCUUGGAGGAGAAAUAAGAAUCUUGUGGUAACAGGAAUAUAUCUACCUUAUCAAGAUGCCUGUUAUAGAGCCACCGAGCGAAUUCGACGAGAAAGAUGAACCAAAAGUCACAGCUGGUAUCUUUGAUAUUGGCCAAAAAAUUGGUGUGAACUCUGAAAUGAGAAGAGAGCUGUCGGCAAUGACACCAUUUUCAGUAAUUGCUGCAUUUGCAAGCAUUGCUUAUAUCAACGUUUUGAAAAGAAGGCCAAUCUACACUGGUAUGGCAACAAAAGGAUUGGGUUUCGCUGUUGCUGCGGCUUUCUUUGUGGAGUCCCUCAGAACCAUAAACUACAAGAGAUACACCAGACGACACAAAAUGGUAGAACUAUACUAUGAAGAAUACAAAGAUGAACUGCCUCAUAUCGGUCCUGGCCCAAAGAAGUAUGGUGAAAUACUUGGAGACUGGUCCUGUUCUAGAAUGUGAACUGAUGUACUAUUUCAUUUUUUUUUUAAAUAUUCAUUUUGCAGAAAAUUCAACAAGUUGAAUUAUAGUGAUAUGACUGAUGAAAUGAAUAAAAUGUUAUUGAAAAUGA